GCAUGUAGGUGAGUCAUGAGUGAUAAAAUCUAGGGAGUUGAUGAGAAUGUGGGAGGAAUAAAAAAAGAAUGGGAUUUGUUGUUGAAAAUGGGGUGCUUGUUGAUCAGCAUGUCGUCAGUGGGCCGUGGCCAAUUUUCAUGCUGUAUGACCUGGCCAAUAUUUAUUCCUGAACUGCCAUCAAUCAAAUAGAUUAACUGUUUCUGAAAACACGCUCUAUACAUAGUCAGCUACAGAAUGACUAUGAUUUACCUCAUGGCUUGUUGCAUAGUACUUCACAACAAAAGGCACUUUUUAAAUACAACCUUGUCUUUCAUGGUAAGACAUAAAUUAUUUGAUCCUAGUCACCAUUCCUGUUCUCCUUCCUUGUUGUUUUGAAGAUUGCUUUUUAACUUGUAAUAUUGACUUUCUUAAUAUUGCUAGAUCCCACUAUUAAAAGACAAGUAAAAGUAGAUGGUAUGAAUAUUGGGUUAUUUUUUGGAAGGUAAGGCUCCGUAUUAAUAAUUUAUAGUUAAGUAAAUCGUUACUUUUCACAAAAGAAAAUCUAUAUUUAUGAUGCAGUUACAAAUUUGAUCAUAAACUAAGACAUGCUAACAUAAAUGGCUUCACAAGAAACUGCAGAUGUUGUAAUCCUGAAUAAAAACAAAGUGCUGGAGGAACAGCGGAUCGGGCAGCAUCUGUGAUGGAAAUGCUGAGGUGAGGUGAUUGACAAAUGGGUGGAGUAAUUGACAAAGGCUUGAGGUGAAAAGACUCUCCUGAAGGAAUGCAUAAAGAUGGGGAAAAAAUCGAACAUACCAGAAGCAUAAUGAACGACAAUGAAAUUUCUCAUUUAAUAUGAGUUCCAGGCAGGGCCGUCUUAACGCAUGGGCAUGCUGGGCAGUUCCCCGGGGCCCCACGAGCAUAGGGGCCCCAUGCUAAUCUAUGUAUUGUAGAGUGUUAUUGUAGAACAUGAAAACGGAGAAGAACAUAGCAAGUGCAUGACGGCAUAUUUGAUUCGGCAUAAAGAAACUGCAAGUGUAGGGGCCCCAGUGCAUUGCUUUGGUUCUGGGAGACUCUGGCCAUCACAUCACCUUAUUUUUUUAUUUUUUUUAAAUUGCAUUAUCUAAUACAAAUGGAAUAUUGACUUUCAGUUUGAGUACUUGUAUCAAAUUUAAAUUCAUUGCCCAAUGUAGCAAAUUGUCUUAAAGGUCAUUGUUCCUCUGUAAGAGGGUAAAUAUUUGAGUCCCUGAUUUACACUAACCAAUUUAAAUAGAUAUAACCCAUCCCUUCUUUAUUUUAUAAACCCCAGUUAAAUUUCCUUAUUUUACUAGAACUUCAGGUCUGCAGGAUCUACUGAUUCUUUGAUCCACAGGUUUCUCUGCAGUUCUAAGUUUCAGUAAAGGGCCUGUCUCACUUACGCGAUUUUUUUGGCGACUUGCCGGCACCCGUCAUAGUCGCAGCAGGUCGCCAAAAAUUUUCAAAAUGUUGAAAAUCCAGCGGCGACCAGAAAAAGGUACGACUCUUUGGGCCACUACUCAUGACCAUACAGGCGUCACCCCACUGGAAAAACUGGGGAAAAACUGGGGAAAAAAUCACAGCUUUUGUUAUUCCAAAAGUUGAGGUAGUUAAGUAACAUCACCAUAAUUCUGCCCAAGUACUUCUGUGUAGGAAUUUGAGAUAUUUUACGCAAUGCAUCAGUAUCAUUAACUAGUAUCAUAUCAUCAUAUGUUAUGUAAAUUGUAAAUUGCAGCUUGUUUGAAGCAACGUCUAGUGGUUAUGACCUUAACAAUUGGCAGUAUAAAGCUGUGAUCUUGGUUUCUAUAGAAUUUAAGAUGAUAUAGUGGGUGUGUCAGGCUUUUUGCUAUCUGAUGCCUAAUCACAUUCUUCAGGCAUAGCAGCUGAAAACUGGUCUCAACCUCUCCAAUGUAGCUAUAUGCAUUACUUACAAGAUAAAGCAAGCCAUGUCCAUUAUUUGUUUCUUUGUGUGUUUUUAUUAUCAACAUUCACUCCAGACUUGCCACAAAACAUUAUCGCAGGAGAUGAGCAAGGUCCUCAAUGAAUAUUUCUUUUCUAUUUUUACUGCGGAGAAAUAUCUGAAGACUAGGGAACUUGGGAAAGUUAAUGGAAAUGUUUUUAAGACGAUCCGUGCUGCAGUCAAAGAGGUGCUGAACGCCUUAAGAUGUGUGAAGGUGGAUAAAUCUCCUGGACCUGAUCAGACAUAUACCAAGGACUCCAUGAUCAUGAACCUUUGUGGUGCAAAGAAAUUGGGUUAUUUUGGUCGUGGCCAGUUUUACAUUGCGCUGAAACUAAUAGCUGCAGCCCAAUCUGGCCUUCCGAUACACCUCGAAAGCAUUAACUGUGAAUUGCCAAUUCCGCAGUUCUUCGCCUUGAAGAGUGACAGUGAGACGCAGCACAGCAGUCUUCCCCAAAGUGCAGAAGCUCUUGGUCAACUGACUCAUCCAGUCUCAUUAAAGAGCUCCCCGAGAGGCAUAGACAACGCAACUGCAAAAAUGGAGCCUGUGUCAGCAGCUGCAUUGCCCUUCACUUCUCCUCCUCCUUCACCUUCAUACCAGAAGAAUCAAACAGCCAGCCAUGAUGGAAGACAAAGAGUUGCCUUUGAUCAGAAUAGUGCAGUCUCUCACGAAAGAAGCCCAACUACAGGUUCAGUAAUUUAUCCAGAUGGACAGACCCAUGGGAACUAUGAACCUAAACCUUCCCUUACAUGUUCAUUGUAUGCUCAGAAAGAAACAUCUGUGCAACCUCCAGAUCCAGAACCACAGGAAGAUCCCUCAGACCACACAGAUGACCCCUGGAGGAUAACUAAGGAACAACAAGAGUACUACUUCAAUCAGUUUAAAUCCUUGCAGCCUGAUAUGAAAUCCCUUAUUUCAGGGUUUGUUGCUAAGGAUCUCUUCACCAAGUCAAAGCUUCCUAUCCGAGAACUUUCUCACAUAUGGGAGCUCUCUGAUGUGGAUUGUGAUGGAGCUUUAACACUGUACGAGUUCUGUGCUGCCUUUCACCUAGUCGUUGCCAGGAAAAAUGGCUAUUCACUCCCGGCCACACUCCCUGAGACCCUGCUUCCUGAAUAUUUACAGAGGAGUGAAGUACCUCCAGCAUUGAUGCAUGAAGAUGUACGUUUGUGUUCCCAUGGCAACUUGCCAAUUGAAUCUCAACCAUUACAACAGCAAUGGGCAAACUGGAGCCACAGUGAGGAGAAUGUUGCAGCUGAAUCACUGCCUGCCACGUUACCUGCCAGUCCCCUUCAGCCACCAGAACUGCACUUCUUCAAGGACAAGCCAGAUUUAACUCUAAGCAGAGAUGCAGCUUCGAAACAAAUACCAGAAGAAUGCCAAGUAACGGAAGAUGCAUUCAUCUUAUCUAAAGCAGGUUGUCGAGAACUGGAAUCCAGCCAGAAAAGAAAAACAAGACCCAGAUCAUACUCCAGUACCUCAGCUGAAAAUGCUAUUAAGAAAGGAGAAGUUCCCCCAACGCCACCGCCAAGACUACCCAAAACUCAUUCGAGAGCAUCUUCUCUGGACCUAAAUAAACUUUUUCAGCAAGGCAGUCAAGUGGUAACAUCCGGUUGGUUACAGCCACCACCUGCCAUCCCACCACGACCUCCAAUAGCCAAGAUUGCUCCCUUUCCUGCUAAUGCAAAGGUCAAUAACCUGCCUGCCAAACUGCAAGAGAAGAUCCCGCAGCCGAAUUUUGCAGAUUUCAGCAAGUUCAGUGAACAGGGUAGUAAAGGACCAUUGACAGAAUUGUACAGUCAGGUGAACAAAUCGAGCAGUCUUGGGGAAGAAAGUAAUUCUCCAAUUAAGGACACGUCACAUCGCCAGCCUCCAUUGAAACCUCUUCGCAGAAAGCUUCGACCGAAAGACCAGGGCGAAAGCUUGGAGCAGUUACCCCAGUGGAGCACAGCAUCCGGACCAAACGCCAAACCACACCAACAACUGCAAAAAAUAUCAUCCAAGCAGAAAAAAGCCAUUCAAACAGCGAUUCGCAAAAAUAAGGAAGUUAAUAUGGCCCUGGUCAGGUUGAACGGCGAGUUGCAGCAGCAGUUCAAGGAGGUUCGCAAAGAGCGGAUUACAUUGGAGUCACAGUUGGAGCCUCUUCGACCAAUCCCUCACACGUGACUUCACCUUCUGGCUAGUAUAUCUAACGGGAGCUCAAAUAUGAGGACAAUGUAUAUAUUCAUAUUUGCAUAGGAUAGGGCACAAAAGGGGCCAAUAUGACACAAAGACCUCUCAAUACUAUCAUUUUUAUCACAAUGUGUUUGAACACAAAAAUAGAAACAUUUAUACAAUGCGAACACUAACAUUCUAACUUCAAAAUUGUUCCCUUGUUUGAAGCACAAUCUCAUCUGGCCAUCUUGCAUGAUAAAUAAUAGCAGAGCAAAUCUAAUAUUGGCCCCCUUUCAGAGCACAAUGCAUGUUUGGCUCCCUCACACGUAUUGUAAAUCCAAAUGCAACUUAAAUGGGAAGGCAAAUAGAAUUAUCUGAGAUUUUAUCAACGCAUAUUUUUCACCUUUCCUAUACCUUGAAAUAUCAUUGAUCACUGAAGACCUGGAAACAUGAUUCACAUAUUCCAACCUCCGGAUCCCAACUUCCAUUACAUUUUUGAAAUUUAAGUAUUCGUUAAAUAUAUUGAAUUGUGCAAAAUAUAACAUUUAUUUCCACAGAAUUGUUUGAUGAAGAUAAUAUGAACAUUAAAGUGGGUGGUUUUUUUUCUAAAUGUUCCUUGUAUUUUAUAUUUUCUGAAAUUAUGGUUUACCUUUUUGAGAUCGAACAUUCAACGUUUGAGCAGUUAUAUUUUGGUGCAGCAAUGUAUGUCUUAUACUUUAAUGUACUGUCUUUUUCACACCCAGACCCAUUUUUAUGUAGACCAAAUAACAGAAUAAUUUUAUACAAAUAGAGGGAGACUUUCUGGGAAUUCAACGCUCAGUUCAAUCGUCUUAUGAUGGUCAUUUUUGUAUAAAUAUUUUCACAUGUUUGCCUUGUGUUAAUGUGCAAUAUUUGUAUUCUGAUUAUAGUUAAUGUGGAGUUUUUAUUUAAAUAGAGGUGUCAAAGGUUGUAGAAUAUAUUUCAUUUUGAAUACAGAUGGUGCUUUAUACCUGAUUUGGGGGUUGGUGAUCCUAUAUUGACAAAAACCUGCAAACAUUUCUGAAUCUUCCAUACACAUGUAAGUAUGUUGUAGGUGAUGUUUCCAACUGGUCGUGUUAACACAACAGUUCAUAUGGUUUUCUGUUUGUUUUGUGAUGGCACCUAGCUUGGCUGUGCCAGGAGUUCACCUGAGCUAGACAAUCUGGAAACUCUAGACUUAACCAUUCCUGUAUGAACUCCCUCCUACCACUCCUUGUAAACUAAAAGUAUUACCUCUUUUCUAAUUGGCAUAAAGUGACAUCCAACCAUUAUACCCACUUUGACUUUUGUUUGUUAAACCUGUUAAACUUCUCACCUUGAUUUUUAAAUUGUGCAUGUGGCAUUGGUUCCCUACUCUGUCUAAUCUCCAACCUUAUAACUCUAAAUGUUAUCUGCAAUCUCCAAUUGUGGUAGGUUGAUCACCCCAAAUUUUAAUUGAUCAACUAUUGGCAGCAAUGGCUUCAGUUGUCAAGGUUCCACACUCAAUAGUUCCCUCCCAACUCCCUGUCACACUUUCUGCUUAAAACCUAUCUUUUUGACCAAUAUUUCAGUCAUCCAAAUAUUUCUUAAUUUGGUUCUUCCAUGAUAUACCUACUUGAGAACCCUAGUUUAUAUUUUGCUAUAUUAGAGGAGCUAGAUCAAUACAAUGCGAGGCAAAAUUAGAAUGUAGGUCCCUUACAGUCAGAGACAGGUGAAUUUAUAUUGGGAAACAAGGAAAUGGUAGAACAGUUAAACGAGUACUUUGGUUCAGUCUUCACUAAGGAAGACACAAAAAAAAUCCCAGAAAUGAUAGGGGACCAAGGAAUGAAAUGGAGGGAGGAAUUGGAAGGAAUCCACAUUAGUCAGAAAAUGGUGUUCGGUAAACUGUUGGGACUGAAGGCAGGUAAAUCCCCAGGGCCUGAUGGUCUGCAUACCAUAGUACUCAAGGAGGUGGCCCGAGAAAGCAUGCGUGCAUUGGUGAUCAUUUUUCAAUGUUCUCUCGACUCUCAGUCAGUUCCUGUGGACUGGAGGGUAGCCAAUUCCACUUUUUAAGAAAGGAGAGAGAAAACGGGGAAUUAUAGACCAGUUGGCCUUACAUCGGUAGUGGGGAAGAUGCUGGAGUCGAUUAUUAAAGAUGUUAUUGCAGCAUUUGGAAAGGAGUGACAGGAUCAGGCAAAGUCAGCAUGAAUUUAUGAAGGGGCAAUCAUGCUUGACUAAUUUUUUUGAAGUUUUUGAGGAUGUAACAAGUAGAAUGGAUAAGGGAGAGCCAUGGGGUAGAUGAGGUGCAUCUGGACUUUCAAAAAGCCUUUGACAAGGUUCCACACAAGAGAUGAGUGUGCAAAAUUAGAGCACAUGGUAUUGACAUGGAUAGAGAACUGGUUGGCAGACAGGAAGCAAAGAGUAAGAAUUAACGAGUCUUUUUCAGAAUGGCAGGCAGUGACUAGUGGGGUGCUACAAGCUGGAUGGCUGUGUGAGCUGCGAGGAGGAUGCAAUGAAGCUGCAGGGCGACUUGGGUAGGUUGGGUGAAUGGGCAGAAGCAUGGCAGAUGCAGUAUAAUGAGGAUAAAUGCUAUUGAGGGAAUACAGCGUAGGUUAACAAGGUUAGUUCCAGGGAUGGCGGGACUGUCAUAUGCUGAGAGAAUGGAGCGGUUGGGCUUGUACACUCUGGAGUUUAGAAGGAUGAGAGGGAAUCUUAUUGAAACAUAGAAGAUUGUUAAGGGUUUGGACACGCAGGAGGCAGGAAACAUGUUCCCGAUGUUGGGAGAGUCCAGAACCAGGGGCCACAGUUUAAGAAUAAUGGGUAAGCCAUUUAGAACGGAGACGAGGAAACACUUUUUCUCACAGAGAGUUGUGAGUAUAGAAUUCUCUGCCGGUUCUCUGGAUACUUUCAAGAGAGAGCUAAAUAGGGCUCUUAAAGAUAGCGAAGAUGGGGAGAAGGCAGGAACAGGGUAUUGAUUGGAGAUGAUCAGCCAUGAUCACAUUGAAUGGCGGUGCUGGCUCGAAGGGCCGAAUGGCCUACUCCAGCACCUAUUGUCUAUUGAGGUUAACCCCUUUGGUGGCAAGAACAGGAAGGCAGAUUAUUAUCUGAAUGGUGUCAGAUUAGGAGAAUGUGAGGUGCAACAAGACCUGGGUGUUCUUAUACAUCAGUCAAUGAAAUUAAGCAUGCAGGUACAGCAGGCAGUGACGAAAGCCAAUGGCAUGUUGGCCUUCAUUGCGACAGGAUUUGAGUUUAGGAACAAGGAGAUCCUACUGCAGUUGUACAGGGCCCUGGUGAGACCACACCUGGAGUAUUAUGUGCAAUUUUGCUUUCCUAAUCUGAGGAAGGACAUUAUUGCUAUUGAGGUAGUGCAGUAUGUUUGUAUUCACUGGAAUUUAGGAUGAGAGGGAAUCUUAUAGAAACAUAUAAAAUUCCUAGAGGAUUGAACAGGAUAGAUGCAGGAAAUAAUGUUCCCAAUGUUGUGGGUCCAGAACCAGGGGUUACAGUUUAAGAAUAAGAGGUAGGCCAUUUAGGACUGAGAUGAGGAAAAACAUUUUCACCCAGAGAGUUGUGAAUCUGUGCAAUUCCCUGCCACAGAAGGCAGUGCAGGCCAAUUCACUGGAUGUUUUCAAGAGAGAGUUAGAUUUAGCUCCUAGGGCUAAGAGAAUCAAGGGAUGUGUAGGAAAGAACUGCAGAUGCUGGUUUAAAUCAAAGGUAGACACAAAAUGCUGGAGUAACUCAGCGGGUCAGGUAGCAUCUCCGGAGCGAAGGAAUGGGUGAUGUUUCGGGUCGAGACACUUCUUCCAGUCUGAAGAAGGGUCUUGACCUGAAACGUCACCCAUUCCUUCACUCAAGAGAUGCUGCCUGACCCGCUGUGUUACUCCAGGGAAUAAAGGAAUAUGGGGGAAAAAGCCAGAACGGGGUACUGAAUUUGGAUGAUCAGCCGUGAACAUAUUGAAUGGCUGGUGCUAGUUAUACAUAUUGUUUCCUUUACAUUUAUCUUUAUUUAAAUCAUGCUUGUGUACUGUAGAAUAACAUAUGAACAGUUGUGGUUGAAGAGAAAUAGAUGUUGAGAUUCAGUGCCUUGCCUCUUGAACUUUCAAUGGAAUUCUUUGAAACCAUUGACUGAUGGUGCCAAAAGGCACAAUGCUCGCUGGAAUCCUACUGCCCCACUGGAAAUAUGUUAUAGCUGUAACAGGUAUAGCUUGGACCCAAUAGCAGCACAGAAUCAGGCAGGUAUAAUUGGUAAUGAACCUUAUUACGAUACUGUAACACAGAGUAGUAACACAGGAAUGGGUACACCGUACUCACACAGAGGCUCAGGAUUGAGCGAGGGUUCCGAAGAGGGGCAGGCAGGAGACGUAGUCGGGGUAGCGGAAGGUCCGGUAACCAGGAGAUCCAACACACGAUGCAAACAAACUAGCGAGGGACAGACGAAAGGAGAGUCGAAGCCAGGCAGGUAGUCGAGGAGCCGUUGCAGGGAUACACCAAACAGCCCAGGAGAGAGGCAGACAGAAACCAGGAGGUCGGGGACAGAAGGCUGAGGUGCUAUCCGGGAAGACGACAGGACGGAAUGGUCAGGGGCAGGCAGGUUCGAAUCCGUGUAGGCAGUCGGGAAAUCGCUGGAGAGUCUUGCAUGAAUGCUGAGGACAAUCUGGCACUGUGUGAACGGUGAGGAGAGUCUAUAUACUGGAUUAAUAGGUGAUCAGAGGCAACUGAGUGCAAUAGGUGAGGAGAGUUAGGCUGAUGAGAGGGGAGUGGCAGGCGAGCAGAAGGAGGGACUGGUGGAAAAGUACUGGGAGGUGAAGUGGAUGAGAAUGAGGAGAGGGCAGACUGUGACAAUAGCAUUAUUUCUCAGUAAGUGAAUGACCAGACUCAGUUUCAUCACCCUGUUUGACUGUGAUCAUGUAUGGGAGAUCUGAAUGUUGACAUCCAGCACACAAUACAAAGGGACUUCUAAUGGAUAAUUCAUGACAUCAUCUGAACCCUUGUUAAGAGAUUUUGCUGCCCUGCAGUUACUGCCAGACAUCCAUAUUUCUCUGUUUUAUUAGAACAGUCCUUCAAAUCUGUCAUGUAGUUAUUAUGCAUCUACUGU